CUUUAAUUUUGAUAGAGAUUAUGUUUCUGAAUGGCUUUCCCAGAACUAGACAAUUUGAUGUUGACAGAACGCAUUUUUCCGUGUUGAAAGAAACACAUGAAUUAGCAUAUUUGAUUUUCUAUAUUCAUAUUAUCAUUUAUCCUCAUCAAGGAAACUUUUUUAACCAUGAGUCUAGUUUAAAUUUGUUGACAACAUACAAUACACUAUAAAAUUGAUAAAAUAAUGAUACUACUUUUUGAGUGAGACUCAAUAUCGCGUCUAGUUAUUGUCGAUAGUUAACUUACACGAAACAUGCAGUCAGAAAGUAAAUAACGUUUCAUAAUAUUAACCCUACCGAAAUUUUAUGUUGUUUGCGUUCUGUGAUCUUAAUUGCGUAUUAUAUCGUUCAGGCUUUAAUGUUAUCAAUAAUUUUCUCGCAAAUAUUUACUUCAACGAGUUCAGGCUUGGAGAAAAUAAUAUAACGGUAUUGAGUGAGUUACUGCGCUUUAUUUUUUUUAGUCCGAAAAAUGAGAAUUUUUUUCUCUAUUUGUCACCUGUAUAAUAUAUCACCUGUGUUACCAUAAACAUAU